AAGCCAUUUUGGCCCAAGCGCUUUUGUGACCCUCGGUUCCUCUGUGAUUUGCAUACUUUUUUCCUCGCCCGUCCCGUCCAGCCGCCAGGCCUCCCGCCGCCCGCCUCAUGUCCCGGAUGCGCGUCACGGUGGCCUCUGGGCUCGCCGGCCGCAAGACAAGCGUAUCGGCCAGCCCCGAGUGGGUGCUGCAGGACGUCCUGGCUCGCGUCCCCUGGGACGACGCCGCGGCCUCGUGCUCCUGCCGCCGCGUCUUCUUCGGUGCGGCCGAGCUGGCCGGGCACACCACCCUGGGCGCCCUCGGGGUGACCGACGGCGACAGACUGACCCUCGUGGCGUCCCCGCUCCCGCCCGUCGUCACCCUGGCCAUGGCCGGCGAGGUCAAGAUCUGGGACGCGACGUCGGGCGAGUGCCUGCACGUGCUGCAGGGCCACAGGAACGGCGUGUACUCGGCCACGUUCUCUCCAGAUGGCCUUGUAUUGGCCACUGCCUCCCUCGACAGCACGGCGAUGCUCUGGAGUACGAAGUCUGGCGAGUGUCUGGGGACGCUGCAGGGCCAUAGUCGCUCCGUGCACUCCAUCGUAUUCUCUCCAGACGGCCAGGCAGUAGUCACAGCGUCCGCAGACACCACGGCUAGAAUCUGGAGCGUCACCACACGCGAAUGUCUGCACACGCUGCGUGGCCAUGCCUCGGCCGUGGCCUCCGCCGUCUUCUCCCCCGACGGCCUGGCCAUUGCCACCGCUUCUGCAGACAAGGCAGCGAGGAUAUGGAGCACCAGUUCGACAAUGUGCCUGCACACUUUGCAGGGUCACCGCGACUCUGUGAGCUACCUGGCGUUCUCUCGGGACAGCCACCUGCUUGCCACUGCCUCCAGCGACGGUGCGGCAAAGAUAUGGAUGGUCAGCUCGGGCCAGUGUCUGCGGACGCUCUGUGGGCACAGUUGCUUCGUGAAGUCUGUCGUGUUUUCUCCAGACGGUCAGGCCGCAGUCACCGCAUCUGGAGAUGGCACGGCGAGGAUCUGGAGCACGAGUUCGGGCAAGUGCUUGCGAACACUGUGGGAGGACACCAGCUGCACUAUGACGUCCGCCCAGUUCUCGCCGGACGGCCGGGCGGUGGUCACCACCUCCUCGCGCGGGAUUGCGAGGAUUUGGGCUGCAGACUCCGGGAAGUGCAUGCACAAGCUGAUCGUGUCCGCGCAGGGGGUGGACUCUGCCAUGCUCUCCCCAGACGGCCAGACGAUGAUCACCUCGUCCAGGGACGGCCAGGCGCGGGUCUGGAGCGCGGGCACCGAGAGGUGCUGCCGCACCCUCGGGGCCAGCGCCAAGAGCAGCGUGACGAUCGCCUCCUUCGCCCCCGCGUGGUGAGUGCCCCGUCAGGAUAUGCGGGGUGUAUAUUCUUGGGGCCCGCAGGGCAUGCUUGCCUGCCGAGGAUGGGGGG